UACUUUGACCCGGCAUUUCACAUAGAAGGAUCUUCGUCAUCUUCAAGUGGAUCUAUACAUGUCAAUGUUUUUGACCAGUUUUGGUUUGAUUUAGUAGGGAGAUUCAUAAUUCAUACUCAAUGCCUGUAAUUCCAGAGAGGACUCAGAACAUGUUCCAGGAAGGGCUGCAUCAGGUGUUUUUUAAGGAACGUCCUUUGCCCCAUCUGAUUCCAAAUGGAGAAUCCACAACCGGAGAGCUGCUGGAAGACAGGCUGGUGCGCUGGUUUGGGACAGUGGUCAACACACGCAUCCUUAUGUGUGGGGUUAUUCAGAUUUUCAGUGCCGUCUCCUGUAUUUUUUGUACCUUGUCUUACACUUGUCUGACUUUCACCUGUUCUGCGUCUAUGACGGCUCCAAUAUGGUGUGGCCUCUUUUAUAUAGCCACUGGCUCACUUGCAAUUGAUGUCCAGAGGAAACCUAAGAGAAUCAAAGUCAUAACUCUGUUGGGUCUGAACAUCUUCAGCCUGCUGUUUGCGGUUUGUUCCUUCACCACCUUCUUUAUAAAGUCCUCACAGCUUAGUCAUGCCACUCCACAGCAGCGCAUUGGUGUGUACGUGCUGAAGGGCAGUGGUAACAUUACCCUCAUCCAGUGUAUGUUUGCUGCCACCUAUACAGUCUUUCUUAUUUGGAGAGGUUUGAAGUCCUUCAGCACAACCAACAAACAGGACUACAUCAGCGUAUCACAGAACUCAGACGAACAUACAGAGCCACUGCUGGAAAAUGAACAUUUCAGUCUUUGAACUGUCCGUCAAGACACUAACACUAACAAUUUUAUAUCUUUUAAAUACAUCAUAUAGUAUAUUGAUUAAUAGUGAUAUUGAGAAAAAAAAUAAAACAACAGCAUUUUUUGUUUGUGAAAAUCCCAAAUACAUCCUACAUUGUUUAGAAGUUAUGUUUAAUGUGCAUUUUAUAUACAUCUAUACAUAUGCAUGUCAUUUGUGAGUAUUUGAACUGUCCGUCAAGACACUUACAUUUAACAGUUUUAUAACAUUUAUAUACAUUAUACAGAAUAUAGAUUACCAGUGAUAUUGCAAAAAAACCAACUACACAUUUUUUGGUUUGUGAAAAUCCCAAACAAUACAUCAUACAUUAUUUAGAAGUUAUAUUUAAUGUGCAUUUAAUAUACAUCUAUACACAUGCAUGUUAUUUGUGGGAAUCAAUGGUGAUUUGGUGUAUUUAUACUGUAUAUUUAUGUACUACUAUGUAAUUGUUAUUAAAUUGUCUUGAAGAUUUUUUU